UUGAUUUAUAGAUAUGAUUCUACUUUAUUUCAUCAAAUCAGCCACGUGUAAAUUUAAUAAUAAGGAUUCCUUAGUCAAAUCAAGAACAUUCAUAUAUAUUUUAGUAGAGACGCUACUUAGUCUGCGACAGGGGUCUACACCUCAUAAGCAUUGUGCUUUUAGUGGACUCCUCAUCAUCACUUUUUUUUUUGCAUUAUUAUCAUUAUACUAUUAUUUGGUGAAAUAAACUUGAUUGAUUGAUUGAUCAUUUUAUUCAAUUUUUUUUUUAUUCAAUCUUCCUUGGGCGAGCGCGGUCACAGCGUAUGGUCAGCGGUUUUCGUCACUGGAGUACGACAUCUCUAGAAGGUACCGCCAGUUCGGCGGCCAUUUUUCUCAGAAAGCAUGGACGAAGGAGUAAAAGAGAGGAUUGCCAAGCUGCUUGGAGAGGUCUCAAACCUUCUCACCUCCUCUCCAGCCGGUACUUCUUCUAAUUCUUCCGACGUUACUUUAAAUGCCCUGGCGAGAGCCAGACAAAUGCUUUCUCAAAGUUCGUCAGCAGGUGUAAACCGCCGGCUGAACAGCCGUGAACGGCUUAGAUCAGUCCGCCCCCAGGCUCAAGCCUCGAAACAAAGAGAACCGAAGAAGAAGGCCUUAGAAUUUGCAUUGCUAAGUUGCUUGCGUGAUGAAGAAAACGAGGAUGAGCCGUACAAUUUGACAUGGGAUUCAGUACUUGCUAGUGGUAUUGUUUUACUUUGAGAGAAUGAAGAUGAAGGCGCCAUACGGGCUGCAAUACAGGCAUCCCUUGUCAAUAAGUUUCCAAUAAUUGGCAAAGACGACUUCGAGGUUGUCAAGGUAAAAAGGACCGUCUCCAAGCUCGAAAUGGGAGAAGGAAUUUCUUAUGAUUUCCAUGUCGUGAAAAAGAUGGCCGGGCAAGGUUCACUAUAUGUCAGAGUCAAGCAAGGAUAUGAAUUCCUUUAUGAAUGACUGUCUCCAAAAAAGCAAUUGUAGAUGUAGAUGAUGAUGAUGAUGAUGAUGAUGAAGAUCUCUCAGUGCCUGCGUUUGUAGGAAGCAAUAAUCCGCAACCAUCAUCUUCUACUGCUACUACUAAUGAUACAACUUUAAAAGAUAGUGACCUGACUGAAGAGAAGAAGGUAAAAGCAGCUGCCAUACCUGAACACUGUGAUGAAGCCUUGAGGGCCUUGAUUGAAGGCAUCCGCAGUCAAAAUCUCAGUGAUCCAGUUGAAAUACUGAGCAGAAAAAUCUUAGCAGAAAAAUCUUGUUCAUGGCAGAAAACUAAACAUAGAGAAUGAGUCUCACUGUGAAGAAGCUGACAGUGAAACUAACUUUAUUUGUGUUGAUGAACACAAUUUGUUGUCUACAAGCAGGUCAGAGCUCUCAGGAAUCCAGGAUCAUACCCUCACUUUUGAAGUUGAGUUCAUUGGAGAGAUGGCCAAAGAUCUUGGUGGUCCAAGGAAGGAGUGGAUUCGGUUAAUGAACUGUGCAAUCAAGGAGAAAUACUUUGAUCAAGGCCUCAGGCAAUACCUUUCUGAUGACCACUACUAUGUUGGCAUUAUGAUCGGCAUUGCCCUUCUACGGAAUGGACAGCUGCCAGCUUUUAUGCAAAAUGAGGCAAUUGACCAGCUGCUGGUAUUCCCACAAGUCGACAAGUGUAUUGCUAAUAUCCAGAGAGGAUUGAAAGUUUUUGGUCUGUGCACCAUAAUUAAUAUUUAUCCUACUCUACUGCACCUUCUGCGACCAUCCACUGCCAAGCUGUCUUCAAAGAUGCUAAUACAGCUACUCAAGCCUACAUUCUCUGAGGAGGGCUCAUCAGCUUAUCAGAAACAGAAGCAAGUAUACGCACUCUUUGUCAAAUACAUUCGCCAAGUUUCCAAUGGACAGAGAGAACCGAUUUCUCUUGCUUCUAUUCUUAUCUUUGUCACAGGAGCAGCAGAAGAACCAGUGCUUGGUUUUGUAAACCAUCCACACAUCAACUUUCAUUCCACAGAGAUAUCAGAUAAGCUUGACAACAACCCAUACGACUACCUACCAAGUGCCCAUACCUGCUCUCAUGGUCUAAUUUUACCUAUCGGUUCUGUAGGUGGUACUUGGCCAAAUGUAAAAGAUCUCUUUGAUGUGUAUGACAUGGCUUUUUCAAAUGGUCAUUUUAGAUCAAUAUAACCCACUAGCUUCAAUUCCAAAAAGGGAACUCAGAGAGCUAUUAAGCAUACAUGUAUAUGCUAGCAAGAAAAUGUUAUGUUAAAUGUUGUUGAAAAGUUACAAUUAAAGGAAAUGCUUGUUUUGACACAAA